UACUUCCUUUCUUUUCUUUCAUUUAUUCACUAUGUAGCCUAGGAUAGCCUUAAACUCACUAUCCUCCUGACUUUGUCUCCUGAGUGCUGAGAUUAUAAGCAUAUACCACUCUGCUUGGCCUUCUAGUCUAUAUUCAUGAGUAAUUUUAUAAAGAGAUUUUGUUAAGUAUUUAUUAUGAUGUUUUUUAAAUGCAACUCAUGAUGAAUGAAAAUUAUGAAAACUUAGUCUUUCUAAAUUGCUACUUUAAAUGUCUACCAGCACAAAUAGUAGUAAUGGUAAAAUAACUCAAUAUUUUUCUAUGUCAUUCUCCUUUUUGUUCAAAGAUGACACUUCCGAAUUAGCAAUGUCAAUCUCUGACUUCUUGUACCUUCUGGAGUGCAGCCAUUAGAAACAGAACUUAUAACCUCUUUGAGGUUCAUAGUUUAAUUUUGAGGUUGGUUUGAAAUCCUUGCUCAAAAUGAAUUACCCGUAUGUAAUCAGGGCCUUUGCAUACCAUAACUGAUCUUACUUUGUUUACAAUUCUAUGUAAUGUUAUGUAAUGUUUCAUUAACCCUCUAACACUCUUCUCCUACCCUCCCUGCUUAUAGUUUGUGCUUCCUACAGUUUAGGGUUCCUUUGGAAUCCAUUCUAUGCAUCAAAACUAUAUGGAUUUGAUUUGUGUGGACCUCAUUGCAAGAGGGUUUGUUCCCCAGUUGGUGAUGUUCCACAGAAACAGGUAAGUGACAGCUAGGAUCAGAUAUAAGCAAACAGUUAGGUCUUAUAGUCAUAUAGGACCACUGCCCUAACAUCUUCUGAUAGGUUCUAUAGCUCAAUAGCUCUAAGUGGAAAGGAGCUAAACAUGUGGAAUUAAUUUCCUGGAUUAACAUCCAUUACAAUAAGGAAUGAGAUGGUUGAGUUGAUUCUUUUUUAUUUUCUGUUCCUAGAAACACUAUAUGUUUUUAUAGUCAUUAACUAAAAUAUAUUCUUAACUUAUUUUAAUAUUCCAGAAGAAUUUAUUUCUCUUUUAAAAGCAGGAAGUAGGGAAUGGUCCUGAUGAUACUCGCUUAGAAAAUACCUUACUCUCCCUUAGGGAAAGUGAAUUUUACAAACUAAUUCUGUAUGUUUCCCCUAUAGUUGAGUUCCUCUGUAUAUUAAAUGAUCAUUAUUCUGCUUUCUUGGGUGAUUAUAUUUGUACUUAAACCUAGAUUGUUGAUUUCUGUCUCAGCAAUAUUUGUUAUGCUAAAAAAAAGGGACAUGAGGCUUGAGGAACUCAUCCUGGGUUUAAAUUGACAACCAAGAACUUCCAGGGUUUCUGUUCCUUUGUGCCUUCCUUUUUAACCAAAUAUUGACUUUUUGAUUAAUCCCCAGAGAUUUUUUUACCUAUUCUGAAGCUGUAAACCGAGAGCAGAAAUACUGCCUUGAGAGAAGUCCAGAAAGCAGUAGGUGUCAUCUUUCUUUAGCCUGCCUGGCUUUGGUGAGUUUGGGAGUGUUGACAAUCCUGAGCCAUCUUGGCAGAGAAUGAGGGUCAGAGAGAAGUCCUCGGGCAGGGGUCCAGAUCCUUACUUGCCUCAUUAGGGAGAAUUCAGCUUUGUCUUUCUGGUUGGCAGGGCAUACUUAAUUAUUGAGACCUAGCAUUUAAGCAGUUUGUGGAAGAAACUGAUAUGAAAUAACAGCUGCAAGUAAGCCUCAACUUAGAUCUGAGGAGAUCACGUACCCACUUCACUUGGAGGAAAGAGAGAAGGAAGGAAGCCUAGGGCUUAGCAGGUCCCCAGGUGUCUUUGGAAAGGCCAUGGCUCCACGUUCAAGGCGACGAAAGCACAAGAAACCCCCAUCGGUGGCUCCCGUGACUGUGACCCCACCCACGGUUGUGGCUCCUGUACCUCUGACCCUCUCAAAACCUGGCCCUAGCAUUGAUGCACUUGGCUUCUUCUCCCUGGACAAUAAUGUUCCUGGCCUAUCCCAGCUGAUCCUUCAAAAGCUGAACAUGAAAAGCUAUGAAGAAUACAAGCUGGUGGUAGAUGGGGGUACACCUGCAUCAGGCUUUGGAUUUCAGUGUCCUCAAGAAAUGUUCCAGAGGAUGGAGGACACAUUCCGAUUCUGUGCUCACUGUAAAGCCCUCCCUAGUGGACUUUCAGAUUCUAAGGUUCUUCGACACUGUAUGAGGUGCAGAAAUGUCUAUUACUGCGGUCCAGAGUGCCAGAGGUUAGACUGGCCGUCACACAGGAAAGUGUGUAAAGAGCUUCGCCUUGUGGCUGUGGAUCGUCUCAUGGAAUGGCUUCUGGUCACAGGUGAUUUUAUCCUACCAUCAGGACCUUGGUCAUGGCCUGUUGAUGUUGUUCAAGACUGGGACACCUGGUUUUCUAUGAGGGGGUUACAGCUGGAUGCUACAUUAGAUGCUGUGCUAGGUAGCCAUGCUAUGACCAACCUAUGGGCCAGUGCAGGAAGGCCAAGGCCAGACCCGGAUGUCCUACAGGACUCUUUGAAGAGGCUGCUGACAGAUGCCUUGUCACGGCCUUUGACACUGGGCCUAGGACUUAGGGCCCUGGGGAUAGAUAUUGGAAAGACUGGGGGAAACACAUUGCAUGUGGUUGGUGCUUCCCAUGUGGAGACACUUCUCACUCAUUCUGGAGACUAUGAUGAGCUUGGCUACAUGUUUCCUGGGCACCUUGGUUUUCAUGUAAUCAUGGUAGGUGUGGAUGUGGCUACUGGCUUUUUACAGAGCACCUCAACUUCACCCCUGGAACCUGGUACAGUUCAGCUUAGUGGCCACAGGGGCCUCUAUCAUGACUUCUGGGAGGAGCAGGUAGAGACUGGACACAUAGCCCAUCCAGAUAUGGUGGUGGCAUUCCAUCCAGGUUUCCAUGCCUCCCCAGUCUUGAUGGAAGCGUGGCUCCCUACCUUGCUGCUGCUUCGUGACUAUGAAAUCCCUACAUUGAUUACUGUUUACAGCCAACAGGAAUUGGCAGCCUCUUUGCAGAUUCUGGUGGACCUGGAUGUAUACAUCAUUAGCUAUGGAGCUAAUCCUUUCAGAUCCCUCAAACCUGAGCAGGUCUAUUCUAACCCCAACAAGCAGCCAGUAUACUGCAGUGCCUGCUACAUCAUGUUUCUUGGAAGCUCCUGCCAUCCAGAUAAGAUGCAAUUAGAAGAGAAAAUGAAUGAUGGAGUUUAAAUUGCUGAAUCAGAUCCUUAGUAGAUACCCAGAAAAUGGGGAGGUUGAGAUGAAAUUACCCUGCUGAUAUCAAAUUGUUGCUUUCUUUGUUUGUUUGUUUUUUUUUUUGCUGUUGUUCGUUUUGUUGCCAACUUUGAAACCUACUCUAUCCUAAAGCUCAUUCACCUUUCAGGUAAAGAUUCUAAAGUAAUGAGCAUUCUAAUAUGAUGUGACUCAUUUCUAAGUGGUUUAUAGUUAUAGCUGGUUAUAGCUCAGCACUUAGGGGGCUGAAGGCAAAGGAUGGCAAGUUGUAGGCUAACCUGGGCUACAUAGUGAGACCCUGUCUCAAAAAAAAAAAAAGAUUAAGAGGGUUUUAGAGAUAAGUUUCUGAAGUUCGUUGGUAUCAAUCUAUCAAGAAUCUAGAGUUUCUUAUAGUUUCCUUUGUGAGGAAGUUACACCUAUUGGCUAGAACUGUAUGGUAGUGAAGAUAAGAAUGAGAACCACCUUAUUCUGAAAAGGACUUCCUUUUAUAUAGAUUCGGGCUAAAAAAUGGAGGCGUAAAUGACUUGAAAGUAGACAAGUCAGGGAAGUUGUUAGGGAACAUUGUAAGAGUUGGUGUACAUUGUUAUUUCCUGCUUUUUUCUAAGAAAUCUAAUUUUCCUACUGGUUUUUGGAGAAUUCUGUCCCUAGAAUGCCUUGGUGUUGUAUUUUUAGAUAUCCCAAGGUAUAUCAGAUUUCACCUGAAUAUAGUGAAGUUGUUAUUCCUUGUUCUCACAAUAAGCUUAGUUUGCGGUUUCUUCUUCUUUUUUUUUUUUUUUUUUAAGUGACAGGAUAUGCUAUCCUGUCUGGUCCCAGACUCUUGGGCUGAAGCAACAUUUUUGCCUCAACCUCCCAAGUAGCUGGGACUGUAGGCACUUGGUAUUGCAUCUGGCUACCUGGGGUUUCUUAAAUCACUUGUUUUAUCUUGUUUUUACUGUAUUACUUGUAUUUACUGGCAAGUAUUAGUCAUCUGCACACAAUACCUCAAGAUUAGCGGUUUCUCUCUCUUGCCCAGAAAAUGAUUAGGAUCAGCUCUCUGUUUGGACCGCUGCACUACCACACAUUUGUCUCAUAUUACCCUUCUCUUAUCUACAUAUUACCCUUCUCUUAUCACACUCUCAGGAUUAGGAAAUUCCCUGAGAUACUCAUUUCUAUAACCUUGACAUGACCUACACACAAAACCUUGUGCGAGCACACACAAUAUUCUUAUUGCCUACUCCUCUGGGGUAAUCUUCUAAUUCAUUUAUUCAUUCGAAAACAAUUAGUUAAGACUCAGAGUAUGACUCAAGAGCAAGAAGCCCUGAGUUCAAUCCCAUGUUGUGAUAGUAACCACAACAAAAAAGCCAAAGUUAGUUUGUACCUAUUAUGUGAAAUAUACGAUAUUGCUGCUCUGGAGAGACCAAAAAGUGAAUAAGAUAAUGGUCCAUAUUCUUAAUGUAGGAAAUGAAAUAAUAUGUAUGUAUAUAUACAUAUUAUGAUACCUUUAUUGCAAAAUAUAUGGAAAAAGAAAUAUAAGGCUAGGAUUGAUAAGGAAAUAGAGUAAAAAGAGAGAUCACAUUGAUAAGUGAUAGUGAAGAUAACAUGAAUUAAAAUUUUAUGAAAUCAAGGACAGAGAAUUAGAAAUGGAAGUAUUAAUGGUGCUGGAACAGUCUGAUCAGAAGACUUCCAAAUUCUUUGUCCCACUGGGAAGAAUCCGUGGCAGGACAUGUGGCUGUAAAGGGAGUUUAUUAA